UCUUGUGCUCUGACGCAAACAAAACGCGACUCUGUAGGUUUGUGUCGACAGCUGAGCUAACAGCUGUACCGUAUGUGUUUUGUUUUUGUUUUGUAUGCCAUUUCAUCAAGUUCAGUAUUCCGGGAAAUCGACAGCUUGUUUCUCAUCAAAUACCCAGAUUAACACAAUUACAGGAUUUUACUGGGUCUCUUGAAAUUAAAUUUAUAUUUCGAAAAUGGCUUUUCCACUCGUGAUUAAUUAUGAUCUUCUUUAAAAACCACCAAUUUUUAGUAAUGGCUGUCUUAUAUUGUCCAAAAAGUAUGUUAAAAUGUGACUACUCUUCCUGUCAUUGGAAAUAGACUUAAUCAGAAUGUGGAGUAAAUUGAGUUAAGAUUAAACUUGUUAAUGGGUAGUGGUGACUCAGAAUUGGCCCUCCAGUCAGUUCUGGCCCAGGACAGCUCUGCCCAAUGACUGAGUACUAUGAGGAGGGAGGGCUGCUGUAUGAGCAAUCACCUCCCAUGCACAUCAAAGUGGAGUCUCCGGAGGGACCCCUAGGAGGGGGAGCCUCAGAAAAUGGCUUCCCCCGGGAGGAUGAUGACUCGGAUGGCAGCUGUGACCAGAGCAGUGGUUUACCUGGGGGACUCCCCUUUAAUGUAGUUGUGGUGCAUCCAAAUAUCAUGGCUCCAGGAAUGUCCUCAGAUGAUCUUCUGUCAAUUGAACAAAACAGAGCUAUGUCAGCUGCACUUGCAGCUGGAGGUGCUGGAAAAAGAAAGAGUCGGUUUAGUGGUGCAGAGCUAGAGGUCCUGGUGUCUGAAGUCACUCGCUGUGAAGGGGAGCUGUUUGGUCCCGCUGGAAGACUUAGACGACGGGAAAGAGAGCGCAUCUGGGCCGGCAUCUUGGACAGAGUAAAUGCAGUGUCCAGAGUUCCCCGAACCCUUAGAGAGGUGAAGAAACGUUGGGAUGACUUAAAGAGACGCAAUGGAGGCAGACUGGCUGAUGCCCGCCAUCGCAGUUGUUAUCUUCCAUCCAGCAGAGGGAGCUCUCUUCUUAGCCGUUCUCAACCAAGCCCCAGGCUUCAACCAACCAGGCAAAAACCACGUCUGAAAGCAACUUUUCCAUGCUUUGCUGACUCUGAUACAGGUGUAGGGGUGGAAGCCUCAGAAAGAGAUGCUCUAGAGAAAGAAGAGGACACUGCUGAGCGGGACAAAGAUGUAACAGAAAAUGAAUGUGAACCUGUGGAAAAUAGUAUGGAUGACAAACUUGGGUUAGGACUGGGUUUGGGUAUUGGACCACCUCCUCCAUCUGAAAGGUGGCUGCCUCCUUCUCCACUGUACAGUGCUCCUUUCCUCAAUGGCAGUCCACAGCCCGGAAGCCCCCAACCAUCGCUAGGUACACAGCAGGGUCCUCUGGAAGCCCCACCACGCAGCUCCUGGCUAGAAGAUGAGCUCAGAGGAUUAGGGGAAGCAGCUAUUCAGUUAGGUAACCAUGUGGAAAAAAGUUUAAGAGAAUUUGGUGAAGGUUUCAGGGAAGACAUGAAAACACUUGUUGCUUCUCAAGAGGCUCUGGCUCUGAGUCUGCAACAGAAUAAUGUCCUUCUGCAAAGACUGCUGGGAGUUCUGGAGGCUCAGCAGCCACCACCACAGCAACAACAACAACAGCGUUUACAACAAUCACAUCCAAUAUCAAAGCAACACUUACAGACUCCAUCACAGCAACUUGAACCACAACAGAUUAUUGAGACGCCUCAGCAAUCACAAGCCCAGCAUAAUCAAACUCAAAAGCAGCAACCUCAACACUCAUCUCAUUCACCAAUGGCAGUUACAGCAGCUGACAUGCAUGGCACCUUUUCGUCGGAUUCGCUCACAGAAGAAGACAGGAGUGGACACAAGCCACGGCGAGGAAAAGUGUCUGAUCACAGGCGCAAAAAACGUCGAUGAGCAGGAACAAAAACAGAACUACUGUACUUAAAAAUGUGAAAAAACAAGUACCCACUCUUUUAUAAAUACCUGAGUGAAACUACAUAAACUGACUUUGUUAUUAGUUCAACUUAUUAAUGCCAGUCCUUAGCAAGUGAACUAAAGUUGAUGAUACAAUAAUAAAUUGGACAAUAGCCUUAAUAUUAGCUCUUUUAUUUAUAGCAUAAGGGAUGUGCUAGACUUUGUCUUUCUACAGUGACACAGCUACAGGAUGUAUGAAAUUAAUGUGUAAUAUGCAUGUAAUAAUACAUGCUUUGCAGUAGACUUGUCAAGCUUACAAUGUUACUUACUAGUUCAGCAUUGACAAUAUCAACAUAAUAUAACUUCAUAGUACUUGUAAAAUACAAUGGUAUGUGCAUAUACAUUAUAAUGUUAAGUAACAAUAACUUGGAAAUGUAUGCUUUUUAACAGCCUCACAGUGCAUUCACUAAAAUGCCAAACUGCUUUGUUUUUAGACAAAAUGUAACAUCCUCCAGAUACAAGUGGGAUUUGUCUUCCUUGUUUAUUUGCCAACAACACUAUUUAUUCUGCUCUUGCAUGCAGUAGGCUAUGGUAUGGUGUAGAAUUUGGGGGUAGAUUAGCAUAAUUUUUCCACCACUUGUGUUUUAUAAUUA